AGUAUACGACGACAGACUCGGCUCGGGGAAAUAAGCGAGGAACAUAGCUACACGAAACGACGACGACGCCUUGGUUACGGACAUCCUCCAAAGCUAAAGUUGAAGAAGAGGAGGGAUACAGGAACUGGACUACUGAACUCGGGACGAGGAACGAAAGGUCGCCAUACCCGCUCGCUGUGCCCGGUCACGGUUGACUGCGAGGGGAAGCCGAGUUAGCACUUCAGGAUGAUGGAAACACCUACUUCUUCGAGCAUAAAGAAGGCGGCUGCCUCUGUGAAUUUGGAGUCGGAGUUGACUUGCUCGAUCUGCACCGACCUCCUCUACCAACCCCUCACCCUCCUCGACUGCCUACACACCUUCUGCGGCGCCUGUCUAAAAGAAUGGUUCGCCUCACAAGCCUACCGCGCCGAAAACUCUCCUCUCCCGCCGCCACCGCCCACGGAACAACACAAAGUCUUCACCUGUCCAGCCUGCCGCGAGCCUGUGCGCGACACCAAGCACGAUGCGCGCGUCGUAACCUUAUUAGAGAUGUUCCUGGCUAUGAACCCCGAGCGAACAAGGCCGGAGGAGGAACGCAAGGAAAUGGAUGAGAGGUAUCAAAAGGGGAGUAAAGUGCUGCCGAGGAUCAAACGGUGGGAUGACAGGACGGAGGAGGAGAGGAGGCUGGAUGAGGAGGAACGGAGGGUGUUGCAUGAGGUGCAGGAGAUGAGUUUGAGGGAGGCGUGGGCAGCCUUGGAAGCGAGCAAUGGGAAUGGUGGUAUGUUAGGGACGGGCAGUGCGACGGGGAGUAUGGUGGGUAUGGUAGGGGGAAGCGGGAGUGCGGUUGGGGGUUCAUCCGAGAGGAGGAGGAGGGCAUCACUGGCACCACAUUCACCUCAUCAGGGGAGGAGGAGUAGGGAUGUGAGUAGGAAUAGGGCCUCGGGAAAUGGAACUGGGAGUAUGGUGGGCAGGGAUCGAGAGAGGAUGAGGGAUUCGUCGGCUGCGCCCAGCAGUAGCAGCAGGAUACGGGCGCAUAGCGCGACGCUGCAUCCGGAGAAUUAUUAUGCAGAGGAGAGGAGGAGGCUGAGGAGUGAAUCACGGCAACGGGAGGCGGAAGAGCGGUCGAGGCAGCUUGAGCACCAGUCAUCUCUCAGGUCACUGAUCAGCGCGGAUGGCCUGGGCGAUAUCGAUAUCGAGCGGGAGAUUGAGGAGUUUGCGCGACAGAUCCAGGAGGAAGGGCUGCUGGAUGGACUGGAUCUGGAUAACAUCGACUUGGACAACAACGAUGAGCUCAGCAAGAAGAUCAUGGAGGCGUACAGGAGACGACACCGGGAGAGGAUACGGGCGAUUGCGGAGAGGAAUGCGAGGAGGAAUACUACUGCCAGUACGACGCAAUCAUAUAGGCCGGAGCCCUUGACGAUCUCGAGGACGAGACCGCCAUCGGAUCACGCUACGCAACCAGCGAGCGUACGCAGUGGAGUUUCACGGUCGAGGGAACCAAGUGCCAGCAGUAACGAAGAACGGCAUCGAUAUCCUCCAUCCGCGGGUUCGGCGCAUUUGGAAGUUCAGGGAGCUUCGAGAAGGCGAAGGACGACAAGCGGUGGCAGCCGGAGUUCGACCGUGCCAGUCCCGUCACAAGGCGAACAACCACCUCCCCGUGUGUCAGCCCACCACCGUUCACAGACCGAAACGACGCAACCAAUCAGACCAAGCGCGGGUGUGGUCACGGAGACACGAAGCUCCAGUUCACCAACCAUCAGCAGCAACCCGCUACUGACAACAGCCACGGCAAACUCAUCAGACAUGAGGGCUCUGUCGUUCAAUGCUCGAGUGGCGGGGAUAGGGGGCAUACAACCACCCACGCAAACAGACGGUUCUUCGGAUUCUGAUAAUUCAGGGAGGAGAAGGACAAGGACGACCACUGAUCGACGACCUUCUGCACAAUCAGAACUUGCUUCCGCCUCGUCGGUACCCAACUUUGUAUCAACCUCGGGCCCCGUAAGCACCCAUCUGGGCGGCACACCACCAGCACAGCCACCGCCCACCAUGCCGCGUUAUCCGGAACCCGUCAUCAACUGCAACGGCUGCGGCAUGGAGCACAUCGAGUAUAAACUUCACUUCAACUGCUCCAUCUGCCACAACGGCGACUGGAACAUUUGUCUCGACUGCUGGCGCAAGCGCAAAGGAUGUCUCCAUUGGUUCGGUUUCGGCUACGCCGUCUGGCACCGAUGGAACAAGAUCAAAGCAAGUCACCCAAACCUUCCUCCUCCACACCGGCUGAUCGCCGUCCGGUACAUGCCGCCUCCCAAGCCAAGCGACACCAGUCCUCGCGCCCGCAGUCUAGCCAACCCUCUCGACCGCCUUCAAAGCGGUACGUUCUGCUGCCGCUGCUCUGCUUUUGCCAAUGAGUGCUACUGGCGCUGCGAGUUCUGCAAUGAAGGCGAAUGGGGAUUCUGCAAUAACUGCGUCAAUCAGGAAAAAGCAUGCUCGCACCCCUUGCAAGCCCUCACUUAUAUACCUCCAUCUUUGUCCGGCUCUCCCAGCGGUACACCACCAACUGAUGCUGCGGAAUCAACCAGCCCGCUCGCAAACCCAACAGCAGCAACCACAACCCCAACCCACUCCCGCUCCUCUUCCAUCUCCCGCCCCUCAUUCCUGUCUCUUCCACCCCCCUUCUCAAGACCCAACCUCUCCGGCCCCGCCACCGGCGCCUACAGACCUCUAACCUUCUCCCCGCCCUGCGAACUCUGCUCUGUCCCCAUUCCUCCCCACGAACCACGCUUUCACUGCCCCUCUUGUCCAUCCAAGCACACGCUCCAGCCACGGGCAGGCGAAUACAACCUCUGCCAGGGAUGCUACGACUCCCUGGUUCCCGGUUCCGUAGCCGAAGAAAACGGUCCCCGCGGUUGGCGCCGCUGUCCACCCGCCGGCCACCGCAUGACCAUCGUUUCCUUUAUCACCGACGACCGCACCGGUGUUGAAAGGAGGAAAGUGUUGAACGAGAUUGUCGGCGGCCAUCGCCUGAAGAUUGAGAGUUUCCUGCUCGGGGGCGUAAGGGGAAUGCAGAUUUGGAGUUGGCAGCAUGACGCAGACUCUUCUUCCUCAUCAUUACCACCACUACCCUCUCCCACAUCCGACACUUGUUCCCAUGUCUCGCAUACCUCGCAUACCUCACAUACCUCACAUACCUCCCAUGCGUCCUCAUCUUCCAAAGCAGACCAAGGCGACACCAACACCAACAACAACAACAACAACAACGACAACGACAACGAAGAAGACAAGCAACCCAAAAAAUUCCUCCUUCUCCAACGUCUAGUCUCCCUAGACGUCUCCCACCCCGCCGCCAUCUCACCCAGUCAAGAGGAGGGAGAAGGGGAACCGUUAAUAUCCCCAUCAUCACCACUUUUCUCACCAACAUCGCCUGGCACCUCAUCAUCAUCAUCAUCAGCAGGACCCCACCACCACCACGGCCGAUUGACAACAACCGACCUUUUCCCACCUGAUGGCGGCACGGGAACACGCGUGGUUGCUCGGUUUAGCUGGUACCGAUCUUCCCCGGAAGCCAAGAACGAGCUGAUUUUCCCCAAGGGGGCCGAGAUCACCGAGGUGGAAGGGUUGAAUGAGGAGUGGGGGGUGGGUUGGUAUAUGGGUGAAGUGGGACUGUUUCCUAGGGGGUAUUGUAUGUGAGGUGAUUUUUUUUGCCUUUUUGAUUAUCAUACAUUACUGUGAAUGGAAGGGUAUUUGAAACGGACGGUGGAGGGAGUGGGUGGUUCGGUGAGAUGGAUGGAUGGACGGGUAAAUGGAGGAAGGUUGAUGAGGGAAUGAAGAUGAUGAAUGAGAACAUGAAAGCUUGAAUGGUACUGGUACUACCCUACCUACUGAUGACUAGCUAAUUCAUAAUGAGUGAGUGAGUGAGAAGGAACUUGUUGAAAGUUAGGUGACAUAUCAAACUUGUGUGAAUUAAGGUGCAUUCAUCCAUUAGGCAAGGCAA